AUGACCUCUCCUCCUCUUCCUCCUAAGAAAUCCCCCGCCGGUGGGUGCACUCGCCACCCUGAUGGAGAGGGGACGACGACCACCCCCGAUCCUGCGCGGGACCAUGACGCUGGCCGUCGAGCCCGCGAAGUGUACAGUAUCUUCCACCCACAGAGCCUCAUCUCGCCAAUCGAGGAAGAGGCUGAGCCGACAUCGCCACUCCCCCCUGAUCAACGUACCCCGAGUACCCCCAAUGGGGGUGUGAGCUCCCAGCGUUAUUCUUAUGUUGCCUCCCCCUCCCCCGCAGGGUCUCCCCACCUGCACGCCGUAGACACUGAAUAUACGGUCCCCUUGGUGCUCGAGCCACAUCUGAGCCACCACAACGAGACUUUGACCUCCUUCGCCCAACUGGCCGCGUUGCGCCUGGAUGUCGAGCGCGUGCUCAUUAGCGUCUCCGAUCAGGACUCGCAGUUCAUCAUCGCCCAAGCCGCACAGACAAACCAGGGUGAUGUGGAUUUGCAAGACCUGGGCGAAGGGGUGUGGAAUGGCAACUCCAGACUCUCCCUAGAUGACUGGAUCAUGUGCAGGGAUACCCUGGAGCUCCCGCCAUCCAACCGGGAGAAAAGCCUCUCCGCGUUCAUCGAGGUCAACGACCUCAGGGCCGACGAGCGGUACAAGAAUCUCCCGUUCGUCCGCGGGGACCCCGGCUUCCGCUUCUACGCCGGCACGCCGCUGACCGCGGAGAAGAAGAUCAACAUUGGCUCGAUCUUCGUGCUGGACAAAAAGCCCCACCCCGCGGGGCUGAGCGCGGUCGAGAAGAACGCCUUGGUGACCGUAGGCGCCUUGGUCAGCGAGUAUCUCGCCGUCAGUCGACAGGCCACCGAUGGACGACGCGCGGCCAGACUCUCCCGCGCCCUGAAUUACUUUGUCGAAGGCAGUUCGGAGAUUGGGGAGCGGGCUUCGACGGCUCCCAGCACGCCCGCCGCCGUGGGGACCGCCUCGGUGUCGUGGUCGCCGCCACCACCACCACCGCUAUCCACCCUUUCCGCUCUGCGAUCCGCGGACUCCUCAUCCGUGAAGCACAGCGAGACUCGCUCGCAUCGGUCACGCAGCUCCCGUGGGACGUGGAGCCAGAGCAUCCGGUCUGCCGGGGCUCGAUCCGCGUCACGCGACAGGCGCGGGUCUGCGGCGUCGCGAUCCGAGACCAGCACAAAUCGAACGCCGGAGGCCUCGUCGUCCGGGGACUCGUGGAUGUUCCAGCGUGCGGCCAACUUAAUCCGGCAGAGUCUGGAGCUGGGCACCGACGGUGGUGUGAUCUUCCUACGCGCCGACCCCCAUCUUGUCCAUGAUGCCAAAUGGCGCAGCAGCAACAACAUCGGCGAGAAAGCCCCGCGCGAACCUACUCUGCCCCAUGUGCUGGCGGCGUCGACCGCGCACGAGCCCUUCGCCCCACAGCCCGGCUCCAAGACCAAGACGCAGUAUCCAGCCUCGGAGUUGAACGUCGAGUUCCUGCACCAGUUGCUGGACCGAUAUCGCCAUGGCAGACUGUGGUCCUUCCACCGGGACGGACUGCUCUCCAGCUCCGAUGACGACCGACCCUCGCCCGCGCGCACCGACUCCCAGCAGAGCACCGACGAAUCGCGGGUGCAGAAAGCCUCCGAAAACUCGACCCUCAACCGCUAUUUCCCCGGCGCGACGCAGGUGCUGUUCGUGCCGCUGUGGAACGCGGCGGACUCGCAGUGGUUCGCCGGGUGCUUCUGCUGGAACACGCUGGAGACGCGCGUGUUCAACCCGGCCGUCGAGCUAAGCUCCAUGCUGGGGUUCGGGUCAUCCGUCAUGGCCGAAUACAUCCGCAUGCAGUCGGUGGCCGCAGACCGCCAGAAGAGUCAUUUCAUUGGUAGUAUCUCGCAUGAACUACGCAGCCCGUUGCACGGAAUCAUGGCCGCCGGCGAAUUCCUGCAGGGCACCCGAAUGGACGAGUUCCAGCGCUCCUUGCUGGACACCAUUUCCAAGUGCGGCCGCACCCUGCUCGACACCAUGAACCAGGUGCUGGAUUACAGCAAGACCGUCUCAUCGGAGCGCGGCCGGGCCCACGCCAAGCGCCGCAGCGCGAAGCGAACCAACUCCGGCGCCUCCUCGUUGCUGGACACUUCCGUGGCGACAGACUUGAGUGCCCUGGCCGAGGAAGUCGUGGAGGGGGUGUAUCUGGGCCACGCGUAUGGACAACGAUCUACCGCCCCGUCGGACUGUCCGGAGAAUAUGGCGCAGAAGUCGCUGGUGGACGCGUCGUACCCGACCUCAGAUAAGCCAGCCGUGGAAGUCGUGCUGGAUAUCGCGCAACACAAUUGGAUGUACCAGACCCACCCGGGCGCGCUGCGGCGCAUCAUCAUGAACCUCGUGGGCAAUGCGCUGAAAUACACCGAGGUCGGGAAGGUAUCCCUGGAGAUGGACGUGAUCGAGGCGGCGCCACGGAAGGCGGGCGCUGCUGCUGCUGCAAAGGCUGGAGAAACGCUUGUGCUGACGGUGUCCGACACGGGCAAGGGCAUCUCCGAAGAGUUCUUGCGUAAUCGACUCUACACCCCAUUCGCGCAGGAGGAUCCGUUGGCCGUAGGCACCGGCUUGGGGCUGUCGAUUGUGCGCAGUCUGCUAAAAUCCCUCGAUGGCGACAUCGCGUUCGAUAGUCGCGCAGGCGAAGGCACAAUCGUCAAAGUAACCAUGCCUCUGACUCGACCUGGUCUUGAGGAUCUUUCCCUUGAUCGCGAUCUCCAGAAUCUGACGAUCCAGGAAAGCAAAGGCUCUGGACCGAUUGGCAAGCAUACCGGGCGACGAGCCAGUAUCCUUCUCGAAGGAGACGCGGAGGACAUCUUGUCGUCCCCUCGAUGGACGAUCAUCAGCCGCUACCUGAUCGGCUGGUUUGGGAUUGAGCUUGUGCCGCACGACUCCGACUCGCCCGUGGACUUCAUGCUUGUGGAUGGAACUUCCACCGUCCCAGUUGAAACAGACACCAUUCUUCCCCCGAUAAUCGUCGUAUGGGACCCUUCCGCAUCUCCAUCGAACCCCCUGCCGGGCUGGCUGUCGUCGGCACCGACCGUAAACUUUGUCCGCCUACCGUGCGGGCCGUGGAAGCUGGCGGCUGCCAUUGAGCGCUGCCUGAAUCAACAAUCGGAGACAUCCUCUGUUGCCCCUCAGCUGAACGGACUACCUGUCGGGCACGACAACCAACAUCCAGCUGCAAGCGCUACAAAAUCCUUACCCUCGCUUUGCCCACAUUGCCAGAUCGCAUCCACACAGCAGGAUGCGGUAAUCGAACGAACCACGCGGGGCCCGCGAGUCCUAGUCGUCGAAGACAACCCCAUCAACCGCAACCUCAUCCUGACAUUCCUGAAGAAACGGAACCUGGCUGCGCUCGCUUCGGCCGACAACGGCAAGCGCGCCGUCGAAGCGGUCGAGCAGGAGAAGCAGGGCUACGACCUGAUCUUCAUGGACAUAUCGAUGCCAGUGAUGAACGGCUUUGAAGCCACACGCGCGAUCCGCGCCCUCGAAAGGGAGCGGGACAGCGGCGUCCCGGCCAAGAUCAUCGCACUGACCGGCCUCAGCAGUGCGCAGGAUGAGACCGAGGCGUUGAACUCCGGGAUGGAUAUGUUCGUGACCAAGCCCUUCUCGUUCGAGAAGCUGUCCGAAUACCUAGAGAAGUGGGAGCAGAAUGAAUUAUGA